AUGAACUUCACGAGCAUAUUUAAGAAUCUGGCUACAUCAUAUUCUCAAUUUCCUUACUCUAUUGACGAAACGCCGUACCAUAGGAUCCCAUUUUGGGACUUAUUUAAGGCAACCGACAAAGAUAGUAAUCCGGUUACUAUCUUCAAAUCCGUGGAUAAAUCAGUCCUGGUGAUGAACUGUUUGUCGAUGAUUAGAAAGAUCAAGCUUCCCGGGCUUAUUAAGAUUGUGGAUAUCAAUGAAACCGAAGAGUAUGUCUAUAUAGUCACCGAGAUCGUUGAACCGGUUACGAAACUCAAUGAUCACGAAACUAUAAUGGCCUUAGUGGAUUUCAAUAAGUUUUAUUCGAACUUUUCUAAGUUUUUCAAGAUUGGCAAACUAAGUAAAGAAAACUUGUUUAUUAACUCUAUUGGAGAAUUGGUUUUAUUCGGUUUAGAAUGCUGUGUCGAGAGGAAUAAUGACAACUUUCAAUAUAUUUCAAUGUGGGAAAAUUUCUUCAAUGUAGAUUGCAAGAAAACGGAGAGUGCUGUCGUAGCUAACACAAUCUCUCAAGUUUUGAAAAGUUCGAAAUUUCUUAGUAAUGACAGUGAAAUUAGAGAUGUCAUAAAAUCAUAUUCAAAUGGUAAGACAAAAUUCGAAAGGUUUAAUCAAAAAUUAUUUAAUUGUAAAGUCAUCGCAUCAGAUUUCAAUGAAUUAGUAUCAAUAUACGAGAAAUUGAAAGAAAUUCAUAUACUGAAUGCCAAUGAAAGAAGCAUUUUAUUGAGAAGUUUCCUUUCCAUUUAUUAUAAGGAUAAUUUGAAAUUGUCUUCCAAUUUUAUGAACAAUUUUGUUGUACCUGAACUAAUCCGAGAUUUGAAUAAUGAACAUGAAAUUUUUGAUCCAAUGUUUUUAAUGGCAUUGUUUGAUAUUAUAUUCAAGAAUGAAAUCCAUAGUCAUGAUAAGUCAGUAAAAGAAAUAAUUUACAAAAUGUUCGGCUUACCACAGAGGCAAAUAAGGUUUAUUCUCCUUAUACACUUAGGCAAAAUCAUGGACCAUUUUCCGGUUAAAGAACUGAGAUUCAAUGAUAUGAUAUUCAAUAAAUUGAUGAACGGGAUUAAUGAUAAUGAUAGUAACAUUAGAUUACUAACUUUGAAGACAAUACCAACUUUUGUCAGUACGUUAACAGAAAGACAAUUAAAUAAUGAAUUGAUUAGAUAUAUUGCGAAAUUGCAAAUCGAUAAAGAUGAAGAAAUUAGGAAAUGGACCAUUUUAAUCAUUUUAAAGAUAAGUGAAACAUUAAAAAAUUACAAUUUAAUCUUAACAAUAUUGAACAAAUCCUUCCAGAAUGAUUCAGAGACUGUCACUGUAAAAUUAUGUGUAUUAUAUGGCAUUGAACAGUUAAUGGAUAAUUUUGAGUUUGAAUUAAUUAUUAAAAGAGUUAUCAACUUGAUGCUUCUGGGACUUAUGGACAAACAUGCUGAAAUUAGAUUCAAGAGUGAAAGUUUAUUCAAUAAGUAUAUGGAAAAGAUCAAUUCAGAAAUUAAAAAUCGUUAUUCUAGCGAAAUAAAUGGAAUGAAAAAUAAGAAAUUUGAAGAUUAUAAUAGUAUGCUAGACGAUAAAUCGAUGGGCAAUUUUUUCACCAAAUUGAAUCAAGAUUUUAUUGCAUCAAAUGUUGUUGAUUUAAAUGCUUCUAUGAGCAAUUUGAAUAUCAAUAAUAAAGAAGGAGAAGAUGAAUGGGACGGAUUUAAUGAGGAUGACGCAUGGAACGAGUCGAAAGCAGACGAUGGAUGGAAUGAUACGAACGUGAAUGAUGGUUGGGACGAUUCUAAUAUAAACGACGGUUGGGGCGAUUCCAAUGCGAACGACAAUCUGGAAGCAAACAAAGUCGAUGACGAGUGGGAUAAUUUUGACGAAGAAGAAAAUAAUGAAUGGGAUUGGUAA